UUAGAGUCAUGAGUUAAGGUAAAGGUUGGUUUAAGGUUAGGAAAGGAAUUGUAGUCAAUAUCGUGAGUUUAGCCAAAGCCCUCACAAGCACAGCAAGGUUUGUGUGUAUGUGUGUCAGUAGGAGGGGCCAAGCACAGCACCUGUCACUCAGCACCUGGGAGAUGACAGACAGAGGAGUGAAUGUGGACAGUAAACUAUAGAGUACAAGAAUAAAGGACAAACCAGAGGGACGGGAACUGUGCUGUGGACUACUACUAACUCAUCUGAGCUCUCUCUUCUAGUAUUUCAUGUGAUUUGCCAUCGCUACCUUCAGGAAAGAUUUUUUAACUUUGCAACAGGGUGACGGCAUCAAGCAACAUGUUUAUUGGCCUGAUUCUCCAAAUAUACUCUCCUCAGAUGUAAUGUCACUUAUGGUUUUGGUGUAAAUCUGGGUGAAGAAAAUGGAUGAUGGACUCUCCUCUGAGAAGAAACCGGGAUUAAAAGCCUUCAGGUGAGACUUAAAUUGUCCUGCCACUUUGUGGAAACGUCUUAUCAUAAACCGGCACCAAAGAAGCACAGACCUCUGCAAGUAUACUUAUGCAUAUAAACACAGUAGUAUUAUAACAGAGGUCAACAGGACAGUGGAAAUGGAAUGCAGUUCCCCAAAGUGUUUUGUGGCUAGAAAACUGAAAUCUGGAGUUAAACAAGUUUUGGAGUGAAGAGACUGGAAACUGAUCCCGAAACCUGCUGAAGUCAACCACAGCUGAAGACAAACAUCCGUAUCAAACAGCAUUCCCUCCAUCCCACCAUUCAUCCAUCAUGGCAGAGCCGUCUCCAGGCUGGUGGAAGCUGACCUUCCUGAGGAGAAAAAAAUCCCAGCCCAAGGUUCUGUAUGAAAUCCCCGCAGAGUCUGUUUCCAAUGCAACCACUGGCCAGCAUGGGUCCAGCACAGCCACUACAGCUGCUGCCCACCCGGAGAACAUGAUACACAACUCUCAGCUAGAUGCCCGACUGGAGAGGAUCAUGGAUAAAACAACAUCCACCAAGGGGCGCCACGUCAAGGUGUCUCACUCUGGAAGGUUUAAGGAGAAGAAGAAAGUGCGAGCCAGUCUGGCGGAGAACCCGGAGAUGUUUCCAGGGGGUGACCCCACAAAAGAUGAGAACCAGAGGGCCGGGAAGUGACAGUGUGGUGGUGGUUGCUGCUUCAUCCACUGUAUAGUUUAAAAGGGACUUAUUAUGCUUUUCCUUAUUUUAUGUCAUAUAUAUAGCAUUAAAAUGAAGGAUGUUCAUGUAGACAUGGCCAAAGUUUCAAAUAGCAGGGUAAAGGUAUGUAGAAAUAAUUCCUGUGAGCAAAAACCUCAGGUUUGCUACCAUUGUGAACACUCCAUCUCCAACAGUUUUUUCUACUCUGGCUACAGUAUGAGGUCACAUUAUGCUGGAUUUCUUCAUAAGGUCUUCUGUUCCAGGCACGUAGCCUAUACUGCUAAAUGAAGCUACAUGCUAACAACAGGAAGACAUGUAAACAUGGUUGGAAAUUUCUCCCCGGUUUUCAGAUCAUAUUCCUGCUGGAACAGUUGUGUUUAGAAGCUUUUACUGGUGAUUUUGGUUUUUUUUUUCCACGGCAGAGAGUGCCACCAUUCUCCAGUUGAGUCAUUCCCUGUCUGCAAGUACACUGCUAACGUCAACAUCAUUCUCAUAGAAUGGUUUGUAUGAUAUCGUACAAAAAAAUGCAUGCACAACAGUUAGUAUGAUACUGUACGAACUUGCGUCCUACGAAUAACGUUAUGUCCUUAACGUACAGUUAGAAUAGAAUAGAAUAGUACUUUAUUGUCGUUAUACAAGUACAACGAAAUUACCUAAAGUUACCUGAUUAACGCAGAGUUAUUGAGGUUAGGUUUAGGCAAUAAAUGUUACAGCUAGGACAACAAACCUGGUGAGGACAUACCUUAAAAUGACUCAAAGUUCACUCAAAGUUCAAAGUACACCUAGACCACAUAGCAAAUUUAUCCAGCCAUACUUCGUGGAUCUACACAUCUUUAAAUUAUUUUUGAAUUUAAAAAACAAAAUGUUUAAAACCUACUGUAAAAUUCUGCCUGACUUGAAUAAUGAUAAUUCACUUGCCUUUACGUACUUUUUUUUAAUAAAAAGUUCACCCUUACAUGUUAGCUGCAAUACUAAUGCAUAUAUAUACUGUGGUCUACCUUUUUUAAUCAAGACAAUGUAUUUUAAUGGAAUCAACAUCUAGGAAAACAUGAAAUUGAACCUGAAAGAGAGCAAAUAUUCUAUAAAGUUCUCAGCCAUUGCUUAAGAAGUCCAACUGGGGAGGCUGUGGGUGUUCAAUGACUGUUUCCUGAAAAUGAAGAUGCCAAUGUGCACAUGUUGCCAAUAAAACCAGUAGAGGGCAGCAUUGCGCUAUCCAGAACCCUACCCUAACCUUUUAACAAAUUGAACCUGUUCAUUCAAACUCUCCCCUAUUUUAGUUUUGUGUUAAAGUAUCAAAAUAGAUGUCAUGCUCCUACAGUUGCUAUAAACAUUUCAAUUUGGUUUGUCAGUGCUCCAAAACUUGGGAUUUUUUUUUGUAAAUUAAUUGUAUGAAUAAAAAGUGUCUGGUUUUAAAAGUAAAUGAUUUGUUCUUGCAGUUGUAUUUUUUAUUUUAGACUUACAUCCAUGCCAAAAAAUGUAUAAAGAAUAUACAUUAACAGAUGUGAAUAACAGUAAAAAUUAAGAAACGUGGCUGUAGGGAUGAUACUAUAACCUGUCCAGUUACCCAACACGUGUGUGUGUGUGUGUGUGUGUGUGUGUGUGUGUGUGUGUGUGUGUGUGUGUGUGUGUGUGUGUGUGAGUGUGUGUGUGUGUGUGUGUGUGUGUGUGUGUAGGUGUGUGUGUUUGCAUCAAAUCUCGUACCAUGGUCAUAUAAACGGGAUGAAGACAGAGUUAUCAAACUGGACUUUACAUUUCACAUCCCUUACUUAAUCCCUGCACUUGUCAUUUUCAUGUAUUUCAUCAAACUGGACCUGAAGUUUAACAUUGCAUUCAACCUCCACUGUUGAUUUAUUAUUUAUUUUUUUAUUAAUAAUUAUUUAAGCACGUCACAUUUAAUUUUAAUUCAUGUCAACUUUAUAUUCCAUAUACCUAAUAUAUUAGUCCACAGCCCAACCUAUAUUUCCUUGUUACAGUCAACUUUAAUUUAAAUUUUUUUGAUCCCAUUUUAUCUCCAACUGUAUUACGAUUACAUUCUGUGAAUAAUUACAAAAUUUCAAUUUAUUCUUAAUAUUACUCUGUUAAUUUAUCUGUUGUUAUUAUCAUUAUUAUUAUUAUUGUUACCUUAUUUUUGUCUUUUUUUUUUCUUCUGUGUUGUAUCUUUUGGGAGCAAACGCUAUAUUGUAAUCUUUGAAGGUGACUCAUUUUGGUCAUUA